GCCUGGCGGACCCGACUCAAGUGCAGAGCCCCCGGCGUCCGGCGCGGGCGUGCGGGUCCCUGACGCCUGCCUGUCCGAGCAGCCCCUAGACUACCAUGUCUGCAGCCUGGAUCCCGGUUCUCUGCCUUGGUGUCUGUCUGCUGCUGCUGCUGCCAGAGCCUGCGGGCAGCGAGGGAGCCGUUCCCAUCGCUAUCACGUGCUUUACCAGAGGCCUGGACAUCAGGAAAGAAAAAGCAGAUGUGCUCUGUCCAGGGGGUUGCCCUCUGGAGGAAUUCUCCGUGUUUGGGAACAUAGUAUAUGCUUCUGUAUCAAGCAUCUGUGGUGCCGCCGUCCACAGGGGGGUAAUCAGCAACUCAGGGGGACCCGUACGAAUCUAUAGCCUACCAGGUCGAGAAAACUAUUCCUCAGUAGUUGCCAAUGGCAUCCAGUCUCAGACGCUUUCCAGAUGGUCUGCUUCUUUCACAGUGACAAAAGGCAAAAGUGGUACCCAGGAAGCCACAGGACAAGCAGUGUCCACAGCACGUCCAGCAAUAGGUAAACGACUAAAGAAAACACCGGAGAAGAAAACUGGCAAUAAGGACUGUAAAGCAGACAUUGCAUUUCUGAUUGAUGGAAGUUUUAAUAUCGGGCAACGCCGAUUUAAUCUACAGAAGAAUUUUGUUGGGAAAGUGGCUCUAAUGUUGGGAAUUGGAACAGAAGGACCGCACGUGGGCCUUGUUCAAGCCAGUGAACAUUCCCAAAUAGAAUUUUACUUGAAAAACUUUACAUCAGCCAAAGAUGUUUUGUUUGCCAUAAAGGAAGUAGGUUUCAGAGGGGGUAAUUCCAAUACAGGAAAAGCCUUGAAGCACACUGCCCAGAAAUUCUUCACAGAAGACACUGGAGUGAGAAAAGGGAUUCCCAAAGUGGUGGUGGUGUUUAUUGAUGGCUGGCCUUCUGAUGACAUCGAGGAAGCAGGCAUUGUGGCCAGAGAGUUUGGUGUCAAUGUAUUUAUAGUUUCUGUGGCUAAGCCUAUCCCUGAGGAACUGGGAAUGGUUCAGGAUGUUGCAUUUGUUGACAAGGCUGUCUGUCGGAAUAAUGGCUUCUUCUCUUACCACAUGCCCAAUUGGUUUGGCACCACAAAAUACGUAAAACCUCUGGUACAGAAGCUCUGCACUCAUGAGCAAAUGAUGUGCAGCAAGACCUGUUAUAACUCAGUGAACAUCGCCUUUCUAGUUGAUGGCUCCAGUAGUAUUGGAGAAAGUAAUUUCCGCCUCAUGCUUGAAUUUGUUUCCAACAUAGCUAAGACUUUUGAAAUCUCAGACAUUGGUGCCAAGAUAGCUGCCGUACAGUUCACCUACGAUCAGCGCACAGAAUUCAGUUUCACUGACUAUAGCACCAAAGAGAAUGUCCUAGCCGUUAUCAGAAACAUCCGCUAUAUGAGUGGUGGGACAGCUACUGGUGAUGCCAUUUCCUUUACUGUUAGAAAUGUGUUUGGUCCCAUGAGGGACAGUCCCAACAAGAACUUCCUGGUAGUUGUCACAGAUGGGCAGUCCUAUGAUGAUGUUCGAGGGCCUGCUGCUGCUGCACAUGAUGCAGGUAUCACCAUCUUCUCUGUUGGUGUGGCUUGGGCACCUCUGGAUGACCUGAAAGAUAUGGCCUCUAAACCAAAGGAGUCGCAUGCUUUCUUCACAAGAGAGUUCACAGGAUUAGAACCAAUUGUUUCUGAUGUCAUCAGAGGCAUCUGUAGAGAUUUCUUAGAAUCCCAGCAAUAAUGGUGACAUUUUGACAACUGAAAGAAAAAGUGCAAGGGAAUAUAAUGUAUAAGUUGUUUCUAGUAAUACUGAAAUACUAUAUAGCAUACUAAGAUCAGACACAAAACUAUUAUACUAAAGAUGGCAAAAAUGUAAGCAAAUAAGCAUUCAUUUAAAGCUACCUUCUAAUUACAGUUCAGACUCGAUUGUUCAAAACACUCUGCUGAGGCUUCAUAAUCACGAACCUUAGAAACUCAGGAAAGAGGAGAUAUCGCAGAUUAAAAUUUUAAGAGUUCUAUUUUAACAUGCAUAUUAAAUGUAUACAUAUGCAAAUUCUAUAGCUCAAUAAAAGCAGCUGAUAUUUAGACCAAAAGCAACAUUCCUUCUCUAAUUCUGUAUUACACAUAUAAGGAAAAUGAAAGAGAAACACAUAUAAGGAAAAUGAGAAACAAAUAGAAAACAGCUCAACUUAGUUCAAAUAUAUAUUGACCCAAGUAGAUGUUGUCUUAAAACCAGUCAACAAUCUGGUUUUAAGAUGUUACUUAACAUACUAAAAGUUACUUAACAUACUAAAAGUUAUAAUUACAGAUGAAAUGGAAGCAAUUUAGGUUAUCAAGCCUCUUUUGUAGUGUACCUUCAUGGUAACAACAAAUAUCAUACUGAACAAGACAGAAGAAUUGCCUGGUAUUUUUCUAUUUAUAGCCUUAAUUUUAUAUGUGCAUUGAUAUAUUUGGCUUAUACUCUAAAAGUCAACCAUGUAUUGAAAAAAAUAUUAAGUUGGUAAAUUUUUACUUACCACUUAUAAACACUUAGCUUUAAAGAAAAGCACACCUUUCAAAGAGAACUGCAGG